CAAUAUUUCACUCUGACCUUGUUGAUCAUCGACCAUGGAUCAGCACGCGGCUCAAAUGGGCCAGUCAUCGAUCCUGGGCCCAUCCCACCCCGAGUUUCAACACCACCCCGAGUUUCAACCGCACCUCCAGUAUCAACCGCGCCUCCAUCGACCCUACCCCCAGCAUCGACUCUUACCCCAGUAUCAACUCCAUCCCCAGUAUCAAAUACAUCCUCAACGUUUGGGACCUUACCCUCCGGAGUUGAACCAAGUUGGAUACCAGCCCGUUGCACCAUGUAGCGCCGUCUUCCUACCCACCCGGGGAGCUCAGUGCAGCAGGCGCAGCACCGCCGCGUUUCUCACCAUAAAUAUCCCGAUUUUGAACGUGUCGAUCGCAGCGGCGAAGUCGGGUAUAAAUGCCCCCUCUUGCACUGCCAAAUGGAAAUACUGGGAGCCAGCAUACGGAAACAUUGCAUUCCGCCUCACAUACUGCCUGGAAAUUGCAUGGGAGUCCCGUACAGACACAGACGUCAACAACGAACACUCCCCACCUCCCUGGAAAACCCAAACUCUGACGCUAUCUGGUAAGGCAGAGAGCGUCAGACCAUGGGAGUUCCUGAUGGGUACUUCCCAUGGAUCUGCUUUCGUUGCUUCGAUCCUUCACCUCGCCUCCAACAACACGUCCAACAACACCCCAUGGGGACCCCUCACGGACAUCCCCCAGGGAUGGGCUGGGCUUAUUGACCCUUGUUGGCUUGCCCAUGAUCUGAUCUAUGCUCAAAUGUACGACCUGCCUCAGUGGAUGGAGCGCACUCCAUGGGGUUCUUUCCAGAAGCUUCAAACAGUGUCAUUGGCCUAUGCGCAUGUCAGACGCCCUUUCGAUUCAUCCGCAUUGAUCACAACGGGAUCGCCCUUGCAUGUGGAGGUGCUGAUGUUGUCUGCAUCCUUGCUGCGCCACCCUGUUCCGUGGGUGGCGAGUGGGUUUAUCAAGAGGGGUCCCGGAGAGGAGUGUAUUGUGUCGGAUGAUGUUCGUUUCAAGGUGUCCCGUUCUCGUUUACACUUUAGGUAUGCUCGUGAAGAUUGGCAGAAGGUUUGGGCAUGCGGAUUUGGGCGUUAUGAUUCUAAAGACGACUAGGGGUGUUAUGAUAUGGCUGAUAUUGUAUAUAUGAUUCUAAAGACGACUAGGUGUGUUAUGAUAUGGCUGAUAUUGUAUAUAU